GUAACGGGGGAAACAGUGAGGAUUUGUGGCUGUCGCGGCGGAGUUGGCCGCUCUCAGCCCUACUGAUGGAGGAGGCCCCAUUCCUACAGCAGGAAGAUCCCACCGUGGAGCCCCCGGAUCACAUCAGGCCCGUUUACCAAGGGAGAUUCGUCGACAGGUUUCCCUGCUGGCCCACCGCCGGGAAGCUUUAUCCAACUGGGUACAGGGUCGCAGCCUGCCUCAGGGAGAAACUUCCGCGGCUUAUCACUCCACCUGUGGUGAGAAAAUUUCUCAAUACUUCAAAUCCACCUCCAGGAGCCGAAAGAGUAUUUUAUGGAAGGGCAAAAGAUCCUAAUAUCGCCGCCCAGUUAACACAUGGCAUGAGAAACUCUUAUUCACUAAAAGUAGGAGCAUUGAUAAAUCCAUCUGUUAUCAGUACAUCUGAACGCAUAUUCAGUGAGAAAAGAGAAUCGUUUUACUUAAGUAAUAAACGAAAACCAUUAGGGAAAUCCUGUGAUCAAACAUCAAAACUGCCUAAAGGUCUGGAUAUAGUUAACACAACCUUUGGAACAACCAGCAUCAGAGGAUUACCUGCCAGAGAGUUGAUAAAUCCAUCCAAAUCCUUUGACCAAGUUUUUAGGGAGUGGGAAGAAGGGCGGGAUCUGUACAUCAUCUCGCACAAUGAUUACGGCCCGGGAGAGGCAAAGAAUAGGAACUAUGACCCAGUCAGUUUCCACAGGUUUAAAAUGUAUGGAUUGGAAACACCUCAUUUUAACGAUGGACGGAACCUAGCCAAAUGUCUGUGUUCAUUCCACAAUCUUCAAUUGAAGAAAAGAGCAAAGGUGGUAACCAAAAAUAUCGAUGAUUUCAAAGAAAAAUUUCAACCGCAAAUUGGAAAAGUUCUUGAUUGUAGUGCAGAAUCAAGGAAUGUUCCACCAGACCACACAUUUGGAAUGCUUCCCCAAAAAGAUGAGUUUGAUGUUAGUGGUUUGCUCCGUUAUAGACUGCCUAGUGAAUUCCUCCGUGGUAAAGACAAAGAGCGUGCUACCUUGGCAGCGAUUCGCCAUCACCUGAAGAAUGUGAACUAUCACAACUUUCGGACUUUGCUGGCGGCCUUCAGGCACUUUGACCAGGAUGGGGAUGGAAAAAUAGACAAAGGAGAGCUACGGAAAACCUGUUGCCAAGUUAACCUAGACCUAGAGGAAGACCUCCUGGAGGCUCUAUUUGAUAUCUGUGAUUUGGAUCAAGACGGCCGGAUCGACUAUAAAGAAUUUACAAAUUUUCUUAACUGGAAGGAUAGAAUGGCCAUUAAUGAUUUUGAAAAACAGAUCCUUACUCAAGGGAGGAAGUCGGAUUCUGACCGGACUAUCCUGCACAAAGACACUGCCUUAUUGAAACCAGAAGACAUCAUACUGAAGGAGUCAGGGGGUUCAAAAAAAACUCCCAAGGCACUCUCAAAAUCAACAGAUAGAGUGUACUCUAACUAUCGGACAUCCUCAUCGCAGAUUAAUGCAAUCGUGGGAGGCUUUCCUUCGACUUGUUACCCCGUGUAUGGUAUUCCAACUGUUCGUAGUGACAUACCUGCACCUCGUAUCCGAAGCAUCAGUGACAGCAUGAACUAUGGGGGAGACGGCACAGCUUAUGCUUUAUUAUACCCAUCGAUUUACAGUCGAAAGAGAGUGUUUGAAAAAGAUUUCUUCAAAACUAGAUCCAAGGAAGAGAUUGCAUGGAUACUACACAACAUUGGUGUAAACCUUUCUGUUGAAACUUUUGAAGAAUUAUGGACUCUGGCUUCCAGAAAGCAUCCCAACGGGGAAGUCUGUAUGGAGAUCUUCCUCAAAGUCCUAGAUAAGUGGCUGCAUGAAUUACACAUCAAGUGUCAGUGAUCACUUCAAACAGAAAUUGCCCUCAUUUGUGUGAUGUUGCAUAUGCCUUUAAAUAGAUUCUGUCGGCAGAGGCCAACCCUGAGA